GAGAUGGAGCGAUGGAGGCCCGUCCAGACAGUGAACGCAUCAGCCGUCUCACACGCCGCCCUAACCCCUGGUAAGCGCGGGUCGGCAGAUGUUCUUCUCCGCGAGGAAGAAGCGGUGGAAGAUCUCCGACAAGCUGGGCGACCCAAAGGGCGGCUUCGCGUACCUCGCGGCCGGCGCGGGCGGCAGCCGCCCCUCCGCGGCCGCUGGCUGGCGGGUCUUCGACGGCAAGGACGAGGGCUGCGGCCUGGACGGGCACGUCCGCUGCCGGCCCCUGCCGGAGGCGGCGGGGCAGCCCGCCACCUGCGCAGGCGGGGCUGGACGACGAUGGCGCCGUGGUGACCCCGGGCAGCGACAGACACAAAGCACAUCGAGGGGGCGGGCGGCCCUGGGAAGUACUAUCUGGCCGCCUGCGGCGGGCCCCGCCGCUCGGGGCCGGCGCGGCGUCGGGAUGCACGCCAAGGGGUAGACCAUGACUGAGGUGGUAGAGCCAUCGUUGGGGCCGUCUUGUCGGAUCCGCUCGAUAUUUCCUUGAAAUUUACUACGGUCCCCCGCUCCCGCUUGAGAUUUCCUUACAAUUUACUCAAGAAUCGAGCUCCCGCCUGAGACUUCCUCGCAAUUUACUCAGGCGCCUCGUUCUUGCCAUUCAGGAGUCG